AGAGGCAGAUUCAAAACCCUAACCCUAAAUCACUAUGUUUUCCUCUUUUCAAAUCGAUUAAUUUUAAUUAUUCUUCAUACUUUUUCUCGAACUUUAGAUCUGCUGGAUUUCAAAUCUGGCUUUCAAGUUUCAAGUUUCAAGUCCUGUUUGUGUUUGGCUAUUAGAUUUAGAAGAACUGUAUGAGUCUUCGAUCUUGUGGUUCUUUCGAUUCGAUUUCUGUAGAUUUCAGUUGAUUCUUGGCUUCAUAUAAGCGAGUGUUGGUUGAAUCUUGCAUGUGAUUCUGAUGUGCUUCAAAUUGCGGUUUAGCAGUUAUUGAUGAUUGCUUGAGUCGAUUCCUUCUUGUUUAUUCUUGAAUAAGGUGUGCUUGAGCAAUGGUGGUUUAGGUUUUGGUCGCAAAUUCUUCAUUCAAAUACGAAUUUGCUAAUUUGCAUGAAAUUACAAGUUCAGUCCUUAUACCGCUCUGAGUUUUAGGACUCAUUGAUUUGGUUUUGGGUCCCUUUGUGAAUGCUUCUAUUCGGCAUCUAUCUUGCCAAACUCACGACUUUGAAAUUUCUUGGGUAAAUUUUCUCGAAUGGGAGAAGAAGCAGUUUGUGUGGAAACCUUGAUGGAUGGAGCUACGGGAAGUACAGAUGCUUCAAAGAACGAGUGUAAGCGAGACCGUGAGUUUCCUGAUAGCGAACCAGAAGCUGCAGGGGACUCCUAUCCUAACAAGAAGCAGGCAAAAGAAACCUCAAACGAGGACAUUCAAUCAGAGGUUUCCAAUCCCUUAGGCUCUCCCAAAGACAUAACUAGCCAACCUACUGAAUUGGUUUGCAGUAGUAACCAAGCUGGAGAGGUCACUUCUGCAUGUUUGGGGAAUUCAAGCUCUAAGGAGAGUCUGAGUGAUGGAGGGCCCAAUGGAAAUGAUACUUCGCGAACGGAUAGCCCUCAAACUGCUGACGCUUCUGGUCCUGUGUCAACUUUUGUCACUUUGGAAAUUCCGAAGCAUCUCAGUUCAUCUGGGAUUAGAAAAAUUACUUUUAAGUUCAGUAAAAGAAAAGAGGAUUAUGAUAAACCACCAUCUAAUUUAGUCCCUGAAAAUACCUAUGGCCAUGGGUUGGUUGGAUGGAGCAGUCCGUACUCUCUUGCUCCAAAUAUGGAGCUGAAAAUGUCUAAGAAGGUUGUUGCCAGAAGCUACCCUACAAAUGUUAAGAAGUUGUUGGCAACUGGCAUUCUUGAUGGAGCUCGGGUGAAGUAUAUUUCUACUUCCUCAGAGAGGGUGCUUCAAGGAAUUAUUCAUGGAGGUGGAUAUUUGUGCGAAUGUUCAUCAUGCAAUUUCUCAAAAGUGCUGAGUGCUUAUGAGUUUGAGCAGCAUGCUGGUGCGAAAACCAGGCAUCCAAACAAUCACAUAUACUUAGAGAAUGGAAAGCCAAUUUAUAGUAUUAUUCAAGAAGUAAAAACUGCUCCACUUGGAAUACUGGAUGAAGUCAUCAAAAGUGUGGUUGGUUCAUCCAUCAAUGAAGAGUCCUUUGGGGAUUGGAAAGCUAGUCUAUGGGAAAGUAACGGAAUGAAUGAAGCUAAUAACAGAGAUAAUAUGAAGCGUCCUAGGUUGCCGAAUAUGGUUAUAAGUUUGACGUGUAACUGGUAUUUUCACUUUCAAGUGUUGGGGUCAUUUAACUGUAAUUCUGUGGAAGGAAGAAUGAGCCUUGCUUCUUGUCCUUGGGCACAGAAUAGCCACAUCAGUGUUAGACAGCAAAACAUGGAGAUGGUAGAACACUGGGAACACACUCUAAAAAGGCCAUACUCUCACGUCUCAAAUUCUAGUAUACAACAAAAGAGAACUGCUGAAGGUGCCACCAAGAAGAGGGACAAUGACCUACAUCGGUUACUUUUUAUGCCAAAUGGACUUCCAGAUGGUGCUGAAUUGGCUUAUUAUGCCAAAGGACAGAGAUUACUUGAGGGCUACAAGCAGGGAAAUGGUAUAGUCUGUGGUUGUUGUGAUAAAGUGAUUAGUCCUUCACAAUUUGAAGCUCAUGCUGGAAUGGCUGCUAGGCGACAACCGUAUCGUCACAUAUAUACUUCUAAUGGACUGACACUUCAUGAUCUAGCCAUGUCUUUAGUGCAAGGACAAAGACUUACUACCGGUGGCAGUGAUGAUAUGUGUGCAAUAUGUGGAGAUGGGGGAAAUUUGCUUCUUUGCCAUGGGUGUCCUCAGGCAUUUCAUCCAGCUUGUUUGAAUUUGCCAUCCUUUCCUGAAGGUGAUUGGCACUGUACAAAUUGUAGAGAUAAAUGCGGUUCUGGAAGAAAAGCUGUUUCUGGAGAAAGUCCAAGCAUGUCAAGACCAAUUUUUUUACGCUUGUCGCGGGUCGUUAAAGCACCAGAAUUUGAGAUUGGUGGUUGUGUUGUUUGCAGGGAACAAGAUUUCAGUGUCGCUACGUUUGAUGAUCGAACAGUCAUUCUCUGUGACCAAUGUGAGAAGGAGUUCCAUGUAGGUUGCCUGAGGGAUAGUGGAUUGUGUGAUUUGAAAGAAAUCCCCAAGGACAAGUGGUUCUGUUGUGAUGACUGCAAUAGGAUCUUUCUGAUACUCCAGAAUUCUGUUUCCAGUGGAGUGCAGAUGAUACCUUCCUCAUUGCUACAAACAAUAUCAAGGAAGCAUUUAGAAAAAGGAUUAUCUGUUGAUGGAGAUGCAGAAUCUGUUCAGUGGCAAAUUCUAAGUGGUAAAAGCCGUUAUCCAGAUCAUUUGCCGUUGCUUUCAAGUGCUGCUGCAAUUUUUCGAGAAUGUUUUGAUCCCAUUGUUGCAAAAUCUGGUCGUGAUCUUAUUCCUGUCAUGGUCUAUGGGCGAAAUAUUUCUGGCCAGGAGUUUGGUGGAAUGUACUGUGUGGUUUUGAUUAUGAGGUCUGUUGUUGUAUCAGCUGGUCUCCUUAGGAUUUUUGGUCGGGAAGUUGCUGAGCUUCCUCUAGUAGCAACAACUCGAGAGCAUCAAGGAAAAGGUUAUUUCCAGGCAUUAUUCUCAUGUAUUGAGAGGUUACUAAGUUCCCUCAAUGUGGAAAACCUGGUACUUCCUGCAGCUGAGGAAGCUUUGUCAAUCUGGACAAAGAAAUUCGGCUUCAGAAAGAUGAGUGAGGAGCAACUGUGCAAGUACCAACGCCAGCUACAGCUGACAAUCUUCAAGGGAACAUCAAUGCUAGAAAAAGAGGUGCAGCAGAUAUCGGAAUGACUUUUGUUCAUGUCUACCAGAAAGUUUUUGUAGAAUAGAUUGGACUUGGAACUAGUUUUAAUUCUCUUGGCUUUUCCUUUCUUCCCUUUGAAAAUUGUUUCCAUCUUAAAACUUUUUCCUCGUCCUUUCCCUUCUCUUCUUUCGAGUACCGGCAGCUGACAUGGUACUGGUUUAAACACCGCAUUGUUGUCUGUACAAUCUGGAUUAAGAGCCCAAGAGGGCAGGCUGUAGGAAAAAGGACAAGAGCAACAACAACAAAGGAAAACACUGCAUGCUGACCUUUUAUCAUGCAUGCAUGUUGCAAGGAAUUUUGUGUACUUUCAUCUUUAGAUGUUUCUUGGAUUAUGUAAAAAAAAAUGUUUAAAAGAAUUGUAAAAGUAGGGGUUUCUAGCUAAAAGAUCAGUGUAAUUGUGCUUUUCCUAAAAUGGAAUGCUUUGAUUUUUUAUCUAGUCUAAAAGUUGUAUCAUGUGUUUAUCUUAUUGUUUUAUUUUCUCUCUGUAUUUCUUAUAGUCUAAAAUAAUUAGUUUUGUGCUUU